AUGCAGCAAAAUCUCAUCAAUUUCAAUUAUGUUGGCUGUUUUCGAUCGAUCGGAACUUUGGAAAACAACAAUACAUGCUCGUAAGUAUUUUUUUCAGAUAUUUUCAAUAAUGAGUUCGGUUUUCGAAUUUUAGAUUUUCAAUCGAUAUGGGUAUUGAAGCACCAUAUCUCAAGAAUCAUUUGGUUCCACAAUUAAAUUCAAUCAAACAUCUGGAACGCGAAGAAGUGUUGGAUUUGAGUUUCAGAAAUCGCGAGAAAUACAUCGACAAUGGAGCUGGAGAGAAAUUGGAAACUAUUCUGAGUUUCAUCCAAAAAAUGGAAACAAAUGAACGAAAUUUGAGAGAGGUUGGCUUUCAUAAAUAUUUUGUUCAACAAAUUUUGUGAUUGUGAAAUUUUCCAGCGAAUUGGAUGUGAAUUUGUGUGUGGUCGAGGGCUCCUUGUCAAACUUUCAAAGAAUUGCUCUGUGGAUUUUCGAGCUGUACGCAGAAAGGAUGUCAUUUUUCUUUGUGUCACAAGUCAAUUUUAUAAAUAUGACAAAAAUUCGCAUAUUUCGAUGAAAUUCGAAAAAUCGAUGACAGAAGAUCCAUAUUAUAUGCAAGCAACAAAUAAUAUGAGAGUAAUUUGGACUGGAAUUCGAACAAAAAUUGUUAAUCAACUUCAUUUUGUUGGGACUGAUUUGAGUGUGUUAUCUUCUGCUGAAACAGAUUCGAGAAAUCCAAAUGACGAUAAAAUUGUGGAAUUGAAAAUGACAAGAAAACCUCGAGAAAUUCGAAAACAUUCAUUGAAAGAGUAUAUGCAAUGCUUUUUAUCGAAUACUGAUUAUAUUUUAACUGCAUCUUUAAAAGAUGAGAACAGAAGAUUGGAAAUUUAUGAAGUAAGUAUUUACAGUUGUUUUAAUGAAAAUAUGAAAAAAUAAUAAAUAUUUAGCUCGAAAUGGAACAUCGAGACCAUCGAAUGGAAGAUUUUGGAGAAGUGGAAAGCGGUGUUGCUCGAAUUCGUAGAAAUUUGGAACAGCUUCGAAAUUUGUUAUCCGAAAAUGAUAGAGCUAUUCAUGUUCGAAAAAUUACUGAAAAUGGUUUAAUUUAUGAUGAAAUCGAGGCAGACGACUGUGAAUUUGUCCCUGAUGAUUUCUUAGUCGACUUCGAAUAA